CAUAGGGUCCAUAGGGAAGGACCAAUGGAGACGCAUGCACCCUUGCAAGUUACGAAAUGCAGACUGUUUCAUCCGUUUUGUUCUGCAUUAAGACGUUUUCACUGGAGGGUGAGGAAGUGGUUUUCAACACAAGACGGUACAAACUAGUAGGGUGGAGUCACAUUUUCAGAUGAUAUCAGUUCUAUUUGUGGAAACAGAUGCCGUGCCUUCUAGCUCUUAUGUUUUGAGGUAUCGCAGAAAACAGGGCAUUUUUUCACAGCUUGAGGUUAUUUUGCCUUGACGUCAUAAAUUGUACUGAGGAUAAAAGCCUGUGACCCACCAUUGACGGGACAGCACAACAUUUCUGUGACAACUGGGGGGACUUGAGGACUGCAUGCAUUUAUUUUGAAUCCUGGACUUAAUGGCUGAGAGACUUGGAGACAAUAUCAGCUGUAACUUUACCCUAGAAGGGGAUUAUGUUGGCCUUAUCUUCCUCUACAGCCUGUCCUUCUCUCUGGGGCUUCCCGCUAACCUGCUGUCUCUGUGGGGCCUCUACCAGCUGCGGUACUCCGGUGGGGGGGUCCAGCUGGUUUUUUUGGCCAACCUGCUGGUGUCUGACCUGCUACAGCUACUUACCUUGCCCCUCUGGAUGAUCUACCUUCAUGAAAAACACAAGUGGGGCUUCAAUAGCAUGCCCUGCAAUAUCGUGGGCUACAUCUUCUAUGUCAACCUGUACUCCAGUAUCGGCUUCCUGUGCCUCAUCGCCCUGGAUCGCUACCUGGCCAUCGUACACCCGCUGAGAAGUCGGAGAGUGCGUCAGGUCUGGGUGGCUGUCAUUUCUGGCCUGGCCAUUUGGAUCUUCAUGUUCUUCUUCUGCAUGAGUGGACUUUACCCUUCAGUGUACAGCGAGACGUCCCACUUAUGCCUCGAGCGAUACCCCGUCAGAGAAAAAUACGCCUACUUUAAGAUUGCAACCAUCAUUCUAGGCUUUCUCAUACCCUGUGCUAUCCUGGGCUUCACUUCUGUCUGCAUCACCAUCGAACUGCGAAAGUCGCCCUCUGUCCCUGACCAUGAGCGCCACAAGAUUGUGGCUACCCUCGUCAUCAUCACUGUCAUCUUCGUGCUCAUCUUUGGGCCCUACCACCUGGUGGGCGGCUACAAGUUUGUGGCUUUCUUCCUGACCAAUGACCGCUGCGGGCUGGAGGAGGCUCUCUUCCUGUGCUACCGCAUCUGCUUCGGGCUCACCAGCCUCAACAACCUGCUGGACCCUCUGCUCUACAUCUUCAUUUGCCAUGAUGCUCGAGAGAAGCUCAAGCAGCUCCUGUGCUGCUUGAAGGAGAACCCGUACAUCCCAGCCAUGGCUGACAGCAGCGUUCAGUCACAAUGACUGCCUGUUACCUUCCUGAGCUCGGCAAGGCUUGCACCUUUUGGGAAAUUCUGUCAUAACUUUCAGGUGGGAUGAGGCAGGGCUCAGUCCUGCUGCUGGGUAAAACCCUGACUCUAUUCUCCACAGAUCAAAGCGUGUUGCCAUUUGGUUUGAGGGUGGUGACACACUGGGUGGGACUGCAGCCAGGGGUGUGGAUUUGGACCUCGGUGCAUGUGAUCCUUUCUCAAUCCUCCGGUCUUUGCAGAUGUUUUCUCUGAUUUCUUCCUGUAGUACAAAAACAUAUGUAUCAGUAUCAAGUUUCACAUAGUAU